CACUGGAUGUACAUCUAUCAACCAUCCAGUGGCUAUCAGAAGUAUAAGAGGGACAACGUGUAGGUCGAAUAUUGCAUCAUUUGAAUAUUCACAUUUUUUAGGUAAAUUAAUUGUAAUAUUUGUCUCUGAUCUUCGAGGAAGCUCAAACUUAAAGCGAGAUUAGGCUAACCGGAUUGAACCGAUUCCGCCACAAAACUCGUGGUGCCAGUGCCAAACACGAGCCAAAAACUGCCGAGCUCUUUGUACGCAUUUCCGAUCGUUCCGAUUAGCGGAGGAGGGAUGGCGGUCAGUGUGAGCGCCAUGUUCCUCGAAAAGGCCCUACUGCUGGUGACGACAAUGACCGGUGCUGGUGCUACUACGGCAGCGAAAACAAUAAUAACGACGAGCGUCACAGUGCAGCACCAGCGCCAUCAACAGCCUCGACGGUUCGAAGCUAAAUUGGAACAUCCUGCGAGUGAAGGAUUCAGUACAGCACGAGAAGCGCAACCGAACGGAAGUGUUAGUUUUAAAGUGAUCCGUGAUACCAGCUGGAGCAAGGGACUGUUGUUAAGUGGCGGGAGAAUUGCGAGAAAAAAUUGUUGCAAGUUUGAUAGCUUAGUCGGUGGGUUACCGCAUCGGAGAGGCAAUAUGGUGCACACGAAGAAGACCACCAACGGAAGUUUGGCCAUCGAUCAGAAUGGAGGACACAUUUUAUCGCUUGACAGGCACUAUCAUACCGACACCAAGGACAGUUCGAAUCAGAUGGCCAAACUAAUCGAUGGAAAGCAAAUUGCUGCGGAUAUCCGUAUGGAACUCCGGGAGCAAAUUGAAGAAUGGAUGAAACAAGGACACCGCGCACCCCAUCUGACGGCCAUCCUUAUUGGAGAGGAUCCUGCCAGUAGCACCUACGUUUCGAACAAGAUGAAGGCAGCCAAAGACGUCGGCAUAACCAGUAAAACCGAACGUUAUGGAGCGGACAUAACUCAAGAGCAUCUGCUCAAACGCAUCGAAGAGCUGAACAGCGAUGAGUCAGUCGACGGCAUUCUGGUGCAGCUUCCCGUGCCGGGCCACAUCAACGAGCGCAAGGUGUGCAACUCCGUGUCCUGCGAUAAGGACGUAGACGGAUUCAACGAGCGCAACAUCGGACGGCUGUGCCUCGAUAUGAACACCCUCAUUCCAUGUACCCCCCUCGGAGUGCAAGAGCUAAUCAAGCGAACCCAGAUCGAGACGUUCGGCAAAAAUGCGGUCGUCGUGGGACGGUCCAAGAAUGUGGGUAUGCCAAUCGCCAUGCUGCUGCACGCGGACGGUCGUAACGAUACCUGCGCCAUGGACGCCACCGUCACCAUGUGUCACAGGUUUACACCCCCGGAGGAACUGGCACGGUUCUGUCGAACGGCGGACAUUAUCGUCACGGCUACGGGCGUACCUGGGCUCAUCAAGGCCGACAUGGUGAAAGAAGGAGCGGCGAUAAUUGAUGUGGGAAUUACCCGGGUAGAGGAUCCCGUAACCGGCAAGAAUAAGCUGGUGGGAGAUGUGGACUUCGAAGAGGUACGUAAAGUGGCGGGCCACAUUACGCCGGUGCCGGGAGGUGUCGGACCGAUGACGGUUGCCAUGCUGAUGAAGAACACUUUCAUUGCGGCUAAGAAUUUGGCGCGCAAGAGAAGCGACACAAAAUAAAAACGGCAUGACAACGAGGGAGCAUAGUAAUAAGACACAACAUAGGACGAGAUUCUUAUAUUUAAAUGUGUUUAUAAGGCAGUAUUUGAAGGAGUUUUUAUUUUUGCUUAGGUCAUGUAGUAAAAAAAUACAUACAUAGAAAUUUAUAAGAUGCAUUUAUCGUAAGUAUAGAGGAGAAUGAUCUAUUAGAAAAUAUAGCCUCAUGUUAUUCAA